ACCCAUGUUACUGCAAGAAACGGGAAAGUGAAAGCACAAUGAAAUAUAUAGGGAGUGGGCAAGACAAAUUACUUAAGCGCUUACUAACUAUUCGAUUUGCUUUCUCAUUUUACGGUAGAAUUUAAAUGCACGGGAUGUAUGUUGGAUGGUCAUGAAUCUAUAGGAUCAUCGGAGGAUCCCUAAAGUGAGGAUACAUUUGAUGUUUACGACCGUUGGAAAUCGGGGCACCAUGCACUUAGGGUUGUGUCUGAGGGUGCUGAUACUGUCUGCUCUCACAGUUCCCAUCAGAGCAGCUCAACCUGCUCCGGAGACGUUCACCUUAACUGUCCCUGAUGGUCCAACCUCGACCCUGUCUGGCUCCUCUGUCUCUCUACUCUGUCAAGUUUCACCUCUCUUCAAUGCUGAGCCAUUGGAGGUGCGCUGGUAUCAUUCCAGUAACUCCCACAGUCCUGCCUUGUUGUACAAAGAUCACAAGAUCCAGGAGGCCCCUGUGGACCCCCGGUACAGGGGCCGGGUGUCUCUAACUGGGGGGAUGGAGAGAGGGAACGUUUCCCUGACACUGGAGAGGGUCACACUGGAAGACAGGGGGGAGUAUGUGUGCCAAGUCACCAGUGAACAGUGGUAUGAAAAGGCCAGUGUCUUCCUCACAGUGAAUGUAACAGGUAGAGAACCAGUUCUCUCUGUAGCUGAAGCAAGAGGAGGAGGAGGUCAGGUGAACGUUACCUGUUCAUCAGAGGGAUGGUCACCACAACCUAAACUCACCUGGAGAAACAAAGAGGGGACAGAGAUCAGAUAUGAACAAGUGCUCAACACUUCUGAUCCCCAUGGCUUGGUGAGUGUCAGUAGUUGGCUGCUGUAUGCUUCCUCAUACUCCGAUUGGCUCGCCUGUACAGUCUAUCUGUCUGAGGAGGCGAAGAGAGAGGGCAGAAUUCUGCCACAUACAGCUGUACCUGGAGUCUACAAAGAGGCCUUCAUUGUGACUCUGAUCCUGUCUCUGGUCAUCAUCUGUGCUCUGUGCUCUGUCAUCCUGUGCAAACGAAGAGGGUCCAUGUGGUCUUCAUCCCAAAAGUCCAGAAACCGUUCAGAUCAAGCUGAGCUGGGACAGAGGGCGGCAGAGACAGAACACCUAAUUGAAGGGGCAGAAAACGCAGCGCAGACACCUACUGAACAGAGAGCAGCUGGAAAUGAUGUUUAUCUGGAAGGGGCAGAGAACACUGUGCUGACACCUACUGAACAGAGAGCAGCUGGAAAAGAAGUUAAUCUGAAAGCGGUAGAAAACACAGUGCAGAACCCUACUGAACAUAGAGCAGCUGGAGAAGAUGUUCAUCUGAAAGGGGUAGAAAACACAGUGCAGAACCCUACUGAACAGAGAGCAGCUGGAGAAGAUGUUAAUCUGAAAGCGGUAGAAAACACAGUGCAGAACCCUACUGAACAUAGAGCAGCUGGAAAAGAUGUUCAUCUGAAAGGGGUAGAAAACACAGUGCAGAACCCUACUGAACAGAGAGCAGCUGGAGAAGAUGUUAAUCUGAAAGGGGCAGAAAACACAGUGCAGAACCCUACUGAACAUAGAGCACCUGGAAAAGAAGUUAAUCUGAAAGGGGCAGAAAACACAGUGCAGACACCUACUGAACAGAGAGCAGCUGGUGAAGAACUUAAUCUGAAAGAUUGGCACCAGGUGAAAGGAUUCAAAGAGAACAUUACUAUGGAUGAAAAUACUGCUCACAAUACUAUUAGUGUGACUCAAGAAGGAAAGACAGCUCAGCACAGCAAAGAAAAAAAACAAUGAAAUCUUCAGUUCAAAGGCAUCUUCAUGUAUUGGCUAAUCAGAGAUUCGGAUCAGAACAACACUACUGGGAAGUUACGGUGAGGGAUGAAACAGUGGGUGACUGUGGGCAACUGUCAUGGAAUGUUGGUGAGACCAGAGAUAAUGCUAAGAGAACAUCUACAGUCCCUGUAACACCUCCUUUUGGAUGAUGGAUUCUCUCUUAUGAAGAAGGAAAGGGUUUACAUGCCAUUACUGACCCUCCAACCUCAGUACCCGUGAGAGAAGAUCUCUCUAUAGUAGGAUUGUUUCUAGACUGUGAUAAACACUCUCCGUCUUUUUAUAAUGUUGAUACAGAGUCACUUAUCUACACUUUUUAUAAUGUGGCGACAUCAUACAAGUUUCUUCCUGUGUUCAGCCCUGGACAACAUGACCCACAACCAAUAACAAUAUUUAAUGAAACCUAAGAGAUGAGGGUUUAAACAUGUCACAUGAGACAUAAGCUGGUUGUGCUCUAAGGACAGCUCUCCUUUCAAAAGCUCAUACAAAUUUGCCUGUUGGAUAAUACAAGCAAAGUAAUAGCCUCGACGGUUUUUAAUUUGUUGUAUGUUAUUGAUGUCAUUUUUAGCAAUUACAUAAAAUAGUUGUGUUAUGUAAGACAAUUUGAAAAACAACAGACGCUAGGAUUACUCAAUACAAUGACAAAAUUGAAAAAUCAAGACUCCUUUUUAACCAACAUGCAACAUGUCUACGGGCUGCAGAAUUGAGACCUGUCCUUAGCUAGUAUGAUCUAAGAAGCACAACUGUUACAUUUUGUUGUAAAAAAAUAUAAUUUUUCAUUCAUUGUUAGCUAUUGGUGAUUAAAGUUUGUAAUGGUUGUAUAAAGAGAACUGAAACAUGGAUUGCAGUUUCUCCUGGUCCAUAGACUACUUUCAGGGAAAGGAACCAUCUAACAUCAAGUUGUAAAAUAGUGAACUACUCCUUUAAGAUGAAUGCACUAACAAUAAGUCACUCCGGAUAAAAGCAUCUGAUAAAUGACUAAAAUGUCAAUGUAGAUGUACAUGAUUUGAUAUUCUACUGUUUGUCUGAGUUACAACAACGUACUGGGUUUAAAUAUAUUAAUACUAACACAAAAAAUUUACUUCUGACAGUAUGAUUCAAAUAAUUUCAAUGGAGGAUACAUACAAUGCCUAGUGAAUGUAUUCACAUUCUGCAGCAAUAAAAUUAAAAAAGGAAUUAAAUACACAACCUACUCCACAUUUUCAAAGUGCAAGAAAAUUAUAUAAACAUUUCUAAAUGUACAUAAAAACUCAAACCAAUAACAUGUCUUGAUUGCGUAUGUCUUCAUACAUACUUUGUGGAAGCAUUCAGCUGUGAAUAAUUUAGAAUACAAUUCUACUCUGCACAACUCUUAGGGAAACAUAUAUCCAUUGUUUUUGUCAAAAUUGCUCAAGAUCAGUAAAUUUGGUUGGGAGUCUUUGAUGGACAGCAACAUUGAUUUCUACGCAAAUUUAAGUCAGGACUGAGACUUGACCGCUGAGGAACACUCAACACCUCUUGGAAAGUCACUAUGGAUGGUCUUUGGCAUUAACAUUUGUCUAAUUGUCCUGCUAAAGAAUACAACUUUCCCAGGGUCGGGUUUUCACUGUUUACAUGGCCUUUGGAGUAGAUUUUGUAACACAGGCUUCCUGUUCACUGUGUUAUACAGGCCAGUAAUGUGGAGUAAAUGGUGGCAGCAUCAUGUUAUGGCUAUGCUUGUCACCGGCAGGGACUGGAGAUGUUGUCAUUCCUGACUUAAUGCUUGACAAUAAGAGAAGUUUGAAUAUGGCUGUUAUCAAUAAUUCCCAACCAAAUUGACUGAGCGUGAGAAUUAAAUUUGAUAUUUUAGUAGACGCUCUUAUCCAGGGCGACUUACAGGAGAAAUUAGGGUUAGGUACCUUGCUGAAGGGCACAUCGCUAGAUUUUUCACCUGGUCGGCUUAGGAUACGAACCAGCAACCUUUCGGGUUACUGGUCCAACUCCCAAUUUUGACAAAAACAACGGAUAUACUGUAUUUUGCCCUAAGAGUUGUGCAAGGUUAGGAACACCUUAUUCAAAAUGAGUCACAGCUGUAAUGGCUGCCAAAAGGGCUUCCACCAAGGAUUAACUCUGGGUGUCAAUACAUUAUAAUUUUUCAUUAAUUAGGAAAAUGUUCUAUCAUUUUUCUUCACUUUGAAAAUGUGGAGUAGGUUGUGUAGAUGGGUAGGAAAACAUCUAAUUCAAUCCCUUUUUACAUUGAAUUUUAAGGCAGAAAAAUGUGAAGACUGUGCAAGGGGUGUGUAGAUUUUCACUAUCGACUGUAUAUUUCAACAAUGGCUCCCAUUGUGUACGUUUUUAUAGCAGUAAUAAUAGCAGUUAUAAGAUAAAACUUAUCCAACAGCUGAAGGUUCAAAGUUCAGUAUAACACAGUCUAUUUGUUCAAAGGUUCCUACACAUUGGUUGUACGACCUACUGGUUUUAGCUUUGAGACACAACGUGGAAUUGAAUGAAAUGACCAGGGUCACAUUUAGGGAUGUGUAACAUAGUGAAAAUCACACCCUGUGUUUAAUAUAGCAAUUGAUUAAACUUCUUCUAUUACCUGCAAUUAUGAAGAUAUUGUCAUCACAGUGAUGUUCUGACCUUUACGACAGGAGUGUGGCUUUGUUUGAUACAGGCAGCUCUCACAGUCCUCAUGGCAGCUCAAAGUCCUGGUGAGCAUAUCAACUGUUUACUAGUUUCAAAAGCUCCUAUUUCUUCCAUACACAUAUUGUUUAGUAACACAUAUCCUCUUCAUAAUCCAUAAGCCUUAUGAACUAUACAUAAUGAAUUACAAUGCACCACACAGGUAGUAAUAACUGCUCAUCAACAUCUAUAACAAUAGUCAUAGAGGAUUCAGACCAGGCUUUAUAAAGCUUUGUGAAGCAAUGUGUUAUAAUGCCCCAUUUAAAUGUAUUAUUUGCACUUCCUCUUACAAGUCCUACAUCUCCCUCCUAAUCCAGUGGUCUUCACCUUGUGGAUCCCUCAUGGUCCGGACUUGACCCGGUGGAACUCCUCUAUCUCUAUCCUCUCUUUAAUGCUGAGCUAUUGGAGGUGCACUGGUACUGGUCCGGUGACUUCAACUGACCUGCCUUGUUGUUUAAAGAUCACACGAUCCAGGACGGUCCGUUGGACCCCCGGUACAGGGACAGGCUGUGUCUAACUGGGGGGCUGGAGAGAGGGAAUGUUUCCCUGACACUGGAGAGGGUCACACUGGAAGACGGGGGGAGUAUGUGUGCCGUGUCAGCAACGCACAGUGGUAUGAAAAGGCCAGUCUCUUACUAUAAAUGGUAAGUGACUUAAGACUGCACUAUGCUUGUGUAGACAAUGUGGAAUGGGUAGUUACAGAGCCUUCAGAAAGUAUUCACACCCCUUGACAUUUUGUACAUUUUGUUGUAUCAUAGCCUGAAUAUUGAAUGGUUUAAAUGUAGAUGUUGGGUCACUGAUCUACACUCAAUAAACCCAUAAUGUCAGAGUGGAAUUAUGUUUAUGAAAUGAAAUGAAAUGUUUACAAAUGAAUUAAAAAUGAAAAGCUCAAAUGUC